AUACUUGUUUCUCUUCCUCAGGUUCCGGAAAUUCCGCCAGCUGCGCGGGAUUACGAACGAGGGACGCACUUCUCUCCCGUAGGAGGAAAGGAACAAGUCUUUUCCCUCGUUCAAAUUACCAGACAACGUCGGGAGGAGAAACCCAAUGGAGACUCGACAUCUACGACGCCGCCCGUCGACGUCGAAGGCUGUGAAGGAGAAAGCAGAGCUAUUCUGUCCGGGAGACGUAAGACUUCGAGAAAGAGUCGAUGGCGAAAUGACGAUGAAGUUCGAGAUGAAAGUGCGUCGUGGCGUCCACUGAGGUCGUCGCACACAGAGAGGAGUUUGAUAGCAAAACGACGUGUCGUGCGGAUGCUGUUCGUGCUUGUAGCGGAGUUCUUCAUAUGCUGGUCUCCGCUGUUCAUCGUCAACCUUCUGUCACUGUAUAUUCCCCGCCAAGUGUACUCUGCCCUGGGUAGCUUCGGGGUGUCGCUGGUGCAGUUGCUAGCGUACCUCUCCUCCUGUUGCAACCCCAUCACCUACUGCUUCAUGAACGCCAACUUCAUUCAAGCUUCAAGCAGACAUUUGGCUGCUCCCGCCGCAGGUCCCACAAUUCCUUCCGCAGCGGAAACGGCAGCAGCUUCAGGAGCGUGGCGUUCACCCAGACGCCCAUAAGAGUGACCGUAGACCAAUCCAUGACCCAGCUCCGUCAGAGCCGUCUCUCUCCCUCGCUGUGUCAUAAUCCACGGCCCGAAACCUUCCAGCAGCAGCAACAGGAGCAGCAGCAGCAGCAACACCUGUCGCUUAGCUGCAUUCCGGGGUCUUGUGGACUCACCACAGCCCACGCCACGAAGCUACUGACUAACGUUGCGUCUACUGAUCCUCAGAUACACACCAGCUCCCUCUAGUAGCUAGAGACAACUGACAGACUUAAAGUGACAGUUUAUGGUGAAAGACAUUUUAUAUAAAUUCGAACUGCAGUUGAAGAAUUCAUAUUUUUGGCUACAAAGCUCCAUAAACGUCUUCAACAUUGUCGGUACUCAUAGCAGUUUAAUUCACUAAGUACAGGAAAUAUUGAAAAAUGUUUUGACCUUAACAAUAAGGCCUUGUUUCCCCUAAGAUGACCUAGGAACUUUAAUCCUCACUGUGUUUUUUUCUAACAUAAUUAA